AAGUGCAAUCCAACAAGAAGCACCAUUUAACUUUACCUAUAUAUGUAGCUCCUAAGCAACAUUGCAUUCCACCUGAAUAUAUGCAUCCAAAACAUGAAGUCGCCUGACUUUGUUGCUGCUUUCUUUCUGUUCCUAGUGUGGACUUUCAUCUUUUUUGGUCAUGGAACGGCACAGACAGUUGCGUUUUACGUACACAACAAGUGCCCCUUCAACAUAUGGCCAGCAACUGCCCCCAACGCCGGAAAGGCCGUGAUAGCUGAUGGUGGCUUCUACCUCCCCGCUGGCAAGACUCAGCGCGUUACUGCCCCGUGGUCAUGGAGCGGUCGGAUUUGGGCGCGAACAGGAUGCAACUUUGUUUCCAACGGGAAUCCUGCUUGCGAAACAGGAGAUUGUGACGGACGAUUAGCAUGCAAAGGGCUAAUAGGCAAUCCACCAGUGACACUAGUGCAAGUUUCAGUUCAAGGCGACAAAGACAAGCUGAAUUUCUACGAUGUGAGCGUGGUUGAUGGAUACAAUCUUCCGGUCGUGGUCUUAUCAAAUCCAGUAGCAUCCAAUUGCACUAUCGGAGGGUGUUUGAAAGAUUUGAAAACUCGGUGCCCCAAAGAGCUUAAGGUUUUAAACAAGAAAGGGGAAGUUGUGGCGUGCAAAAGCGCUUGCUUGGCGUUUAAUACGGACGCGUAUUGUUGCCGGAAAGAGUAUGGAACCCCAGAAAAAUGCAAGCCGAGUGUGUACUCAAAGUUAUUCAAAGAUGCUUGCCCUUCGUAUUACAGCUAUGCUUAUGAUACACCACCUCCAUUGGUGACCUGCAAGGCGAGUAAGUAUGUGAUCACAUUUUGUCCUGCGGGGUGGGGUGCUGCUGGUGCUGGGUAUAUCUCCAUGUAGGUUAAAGACUAGUUUGCCCCAUGUUGUGUUACUUUGAAAUUCGGGUGUAAAGGCUAAUGUACAAUUGAUAAUCAACACCACAAAUAAUGUUGUUGGAGAUUUAA